AGCAGCGUGUCUCUGUCUACGUGUACCCGUUGGGACGCGAGAAGGAGGAAAAAAACAUAAAUCUCGAAUAUCGCGAGAAAUUAUUAAAUGAGAACAAUCUCGUGGCAGGUACGUAAUAUCUCUCUCUGUGGCUCUCGCUGCAUUAAAUAAGCCGUCACGGGGGAGCGAGAAAGGAGGGCAAAAGGCGGAACAAGAGAGUGAGGGAGCGCGCUCCAAAAGGAGAACGAGUCCACGGUAGAAGACGAAAUAGAGUUGAGCCGUUUACUGAUUACAACAAAUAAGAAUUCCCACCGAGGAAUAUUUGCGGGCGAGGAGGGACGGAUGUUCUUCCUCGAACCACGAUCUCCACCUCCAAAGCACCACAAACCCUAGCCCCCGAUGGAAGGUGGGUCCCCGGAAUGUGCUUCAGUUGGCUCUGGGCCAAAACGGUCGAGUGCAUCAUCACAUGGUAGGCCCCGGGGUUCAUCAUCUUCCAGCUGCAAGAAUUUUCUUCAGAAAUUUGUGGAUAGUGAGAUUUUGACAGCAAACCUUGAAGAUUGGUUUUCAGGAAUAUCCAAAGAAUCCGGAUUCAGGAAGCCUGCCUUUGAUGUUCCUUUUGAGCUCACAGAACUUCAGAAUUUUGAUUAUGCUCUAGAAGGUGUUUCUUUUCACCAGUUUAUACGAAUGCCAAACACUUUCUAUGCAUCAACAUCUGAUGCUGUUGAAGCAACAGCACAUCUUGCUAUUGAAGAUUUUCUACAUGCUAGUGUUAAAGGCUUGUGGGAGACCUUUUGGAGUCCUGAUGAACCUGUACCUUUUUCAGUUGCCUGUAUACACAGUACAAGUUCCAAAUUCUAUCCAGCAGAGAAGGCCAUUGCCAAUGGAAAGCUUGAAGGUCUUUGUGCAACAGCCAUAUUGCUCAAGAAUAGUUGGCAUUCUCAUGGGAAAUGGGACCACAUUGUUGAAUUAGCUCUGUUGAGGCCUGAUAUUGGGAGUCUUUCAAUGCAGAGUGACUGGCGGCCUUCCCAUGCCAUUCUGGGGGAAGCGCUGUUUUUUGCUCUCCGUGUUCUAUUAUCACGAAGCCUCAGCAGAUCAUCAACUGUUCUUCGCAAUUCAAAUUGUGUUUUUGUGCUUCUUGUUGAUUCACAAUAUGGUGGGGUGGUAAAAGUUGAAGGUGAUGUGAGUAAGUUGGACUUUGAUGUUAAUAGUGUAUAUGAAUGUGCGGCUGAAUGGAUAAAAGAACAUGCCAGAAUUACUGUUUCUCCCAUUGAUCGAAUUUGGAACAAGCUUGGGAAUGCCAAUUGGGGUGAUAUCGGAACUCUACAGGUUCUUCUCGCAACUUUCCACUGUAUCAUUCAGUUUUGUGGAAUGCCAAAGUAUUCACUUGAAGAUUUAGCUACAGAACAUAGUUCCCGUCUACAGAGUCGAAGAACAGAAAGGCGUUUGGUAGAUACACGUACAAAUGGAAAUGGGUUGUUCCGUUUCCAGCAACACAACCAUUCCUCUGAAAUUGUCGAGGUCCAAGAAGAAUCUGUAAAAUUUGAAUCUGAAGGAACUCUGAAGCUAGAAAAAGGCUCAGUUUUGUGGAUGGAAGACACAAACUGGCAGAAGGGUUUCCAGAUUAAUGAAGUGUUAGCUGAUGGUGAACUUCCAAUUUAUGUUGCGACUCCUGUGGAAGAACAAGGAAAGGCACUUCUAUUAUAUGUUGGUUCUAGUCCAACUCAUUUGGAACCUGCAUGGGAGGAUAUGAAUUUGUGGUACCAGGUUCAGAGGCAGUCUAAAGUGUUGACUUCAAUGAAACAGAGGGGAUUGUGCAGCAAGUACGUUCCCCAAAUGGUUGCAUCUGGACGCAUAAUUCAUCCUGGUGAAUGUAACAAACCAAGCUCUGGUGGAAACUGCGGUCAUCCAUGGUGUGGUACCCCCAUCCUGGUCACCUCUCCUGUGGGUGAGACAGUUUCCAAUUUGAUAAGAAAUGGUUUAUUUGGUUCUGAGGAAGCUCUCAGGUGCUGCCAUGACUGCUUAUCCGCCCUGGCAACUGCAUCCUCUGCUGGAAUCAGGCAUGGGGACAUCCGUCCAGAGAAUGUGAUCCGUGCGAGUAAUGGCGUCAGGCAUCCCUUUUUUGUACUGAUUGGGUGGGGUCAUGCAGUUCUUGAAGAAAGGGAUCGCCCAUCAAUGAAUCUUUUCUUCUCUUCUACAUAUGCUCUCCAGGAAGGAAAACUAUGUGCAGCAUCAGAUGCCGAGAGUCUUAUCUAUCUGCUAUAUUUUUCAUGUGGUGGCGUAUUCCCAGAGUUGGAUUCAGUUGAAGGGGCACUUCAGUGGAGGGAAGUGUCAUGGUCAAGAAGGGUUAUACAGCAGAAGCUUGGGGAUGUGUCAGCAGUGCUGAAAGCCUUUGCUGAUUAUGUGGACAGCCUCUGUGGGACUCCAUAUCCAAUGGAUUACGAGAUAUGGUUGAGAAGGUUGGGAAGAACAAUUAAUGAAGAUCAUGGGAAGGAGAUUGAUGCGUCAAAUUAGACUGUUAAGUGCAACUGGAUGGUUGUCCCCUUUUAAAUAUGCAUGACAUUAUCACUGCCUGCAUCCUUGGAUUGUUCAUUUGAAGGCCUUCAAAAUGUCUGAGCUUUAGUGGUCAAUUUUUGAUCGUUCAGAAGUUUGAAAGGGAUCGAAAUAUAUAGCGACCACAGGUCAUCAAUCCAAGAAAGGGCUUCCAGGAUUCCAGAUGAUCCGUUAAUCGAGUCUCUAAAGGACUAUCACACGAAUCCACUGGAAUCUGCAUUUCAUGGAAUUUUUUUAGUUCCAAGCAUCUUGAUGAGAUUUCUGGUCGAUUAGUUAGAAAGCUGCGGGAUAAGGUUCCUGAGCUAAUGCCAUGCAUGAACUACUUUAUCGAGGCCAGUGGCUACUGUUUUCUGAGUUUUUGGAUGAUUCGUUACUUUUUAGUUCAGGCAUUCUCAUAUUAUCUUCAUGAACCAUUUUGAGUUGUUUGGAUCAGCACUGAAGACGAGCCCCAGUUCCAUCUUCAGCUGACUUCUAUCCGUACUCCGAAUGGCCUUUGGUUUAGGCAAAGUUUUUUGUGAUUAAAUUUAUUUUCACUAUUUAUUUGUCUUGGGAAAGAGUAGCUGGAGUGAUUUGUGGAUGAGGUAUAAUUUUUUGAGAUACUUAUCAUUCAAUGGGUGUGUCAUUCAGUACUAACCACACCCCAUUUCUGUAAAUGGUUAUCUUGUUUAAUUAAAGUUUCCACUCUGUGGCUAGCAUUGUUUGGAUCA